AGCACCGUCCAACCAAUGCUCCCUCCAGCUACACUUUUUUUGCUCAUUUCAAUUGCAGUUUGGCACGUCCAAUGUCAACCCCGUUGUCCUGGAUUUGUUAAUAAAACCGCUGACGACUAUCUGAAAUGCAAAGCUUCGAACAAAGUUAUUCUCGCAGUUUCCAACAAAAGCGACGCACCAAUCUACGAAACGUUUACUAUAAAAUCUUAUUACGAAUCGGAAACUCCAUUCAGCGAUGACGAUAUGAAUAAUCUUCCGGAAAAGGUUGCUACAAGUGCCGUCACUUCAGUUCUUCCUGAGCACACGUCUGAAAAAAAUAUUACGCGUCUCGUCAAACAAGCCCUGCGUGAGGGUUAUGGGGAAUUCAUCGAAAUUGCCGAGAUUCCCAAGCACUCAAGAAGAACUGUCUUUCAGCUUGUCGUCAUUUGCAAAACUAUCCGUUUCCACUUUUCCGAAAUUUUCCUGAAUGACGAAAUGCUGUAAAAGUAGAAAUAUUGAUGAUGAACAGUCAUGUUGCAUAAAAAUGAUUUUUUAAAUUGUCUUGUUUGUUUUUUUGUUUCUAUUUUGAUUAAAAAAUUAUAAAAACUCAA